AUGAAAGCUGUAGUCAAACAGGAAGAGAAAAAUGAUGUAAAUACUUUCGGUCAGUUGACCUCCGCAAUCGAGAUCAUCGAUUUCCGACAGUGGUCUCGCCUACAGUAUCCUCAUUUGGCCAAAGUGAUGUGCGGGUUAAAAGCGGCUAGGAUCGAAAUCCACCUGCUCAAUCAAGUCUCCACCUCCUUGGAAGAGUAUUCGUCUGACAAGAUCGCCGUUCGCCAUACUGCCAACUUGGCGCAGCGGAUGAACAUCUCGAGCGAUGGCAGUCGAAUGGCCAUCAUUCAAUAUGCCGAGACGCCUCGACUCGAGUUCGCCCUCAAUCAGUACACCCAUCCAACGCAGCUGGAAUGGGCGAUACAGCGAAUCAAUUUCCUUUCCGGCGCCACGAACACAGGCCAAGCACUGAAAUUGGCGCUCGAUCGGGGAUUUGACGGUGCACGAGGAGGAGAUAUUCCAAAAGUGGCUGUUGUGGUAACAGAUGGACAAAGUCAG